GGUUGUUUGUUUAUUCAGGGCGGACCCUCUCUUUUCUGCAGGGACCGAGGAUUUUGUUUUUAACAUUUUCCGCCCAUCAUCGAUAAUCAAAAUGGAAACAUGGAGAUCUGAGAGGUGUAAUUAAGUUGCAGCGCUGUCAUUAUCCUGCACGUCGGCGGCUCCUGGGCAAGGAUGAGGGAUCUUCAAGCUAUUGACAGCUUGCUCCUGAAAGAGUUGAAGUCAUGUUGUGCAAAAGAGCACAACUUUCUUCCCAGAGAGGCCGGCCUGAAGCUGAUGGAGUUGGCUUCCACGGAGAAUCACAGUGGAGUGUCUGCGAAAUGCAGAGACACCAGAGUGGAGGAACUGUGGGGCCUGACCAGUUUCUUUGGCUACAGCACUCAGACGUUUGUUCAAGCCGUCAGUCUGCUUGAUAGAUUCCUCACCAUUAUGAAGGUGCAGCCCAAACACUUGCCCUGUAUCGGAGUCGGCUGUCUUCACAUCGCAGCCAAAAUGGUCGAGGAAGAGAACAAUGUCUCACCCACCCAUGAACUCAUUCGCAUCAGCCAAAGCAAGUUCACUGUGUCAGACCUCUGCCGUAUGGAGAAGAUCAUCUCAGAGAAGCUCAGCGUGCAGCCCGAAGCAGUGACAGCCUUAACCUUUCUACACCUCUACUACUCCGCCUUCACUUCCCUGUCUGCUGCAAGGGAGGAGAUCCCAAGCAUUGGGAGACUGGAAGCCCAGCUAAAAGCCUGCUUAUGCCGGCUUGUUUUCUCUAAAGCGAAACCAUCAGUGCUGGCGCUGUCCCUCAUUGCUCAGGAGUUUGAAGGCCUCCAGUCCAUCACCUUGUUGAAGAUUGUACAGCAAUUCCAAAGACACCUAAAGAUCAGUGACAGCGAGCUCCUCCACUGGAAGGAACUUGUGGCCAAAUGCAUGACUGAAUACCGCUCGAGCGAAUGUAACAAACCAGAUAACAAAAAGCUCGUUUGGAUCGUUUCCAGGAGAACAGCGCAGAAUCUUCAGGCCAAUCACUUCAGUGUGCCCGACCUGCCAACUAUUCCUGAGGGGAGCUGGGACGAGAGUGAGAGUGAGGACUCCUGUGAGGACAUGAGCUGUGGAGAAGACAGCCCAUUCGGCUCGCCAGGAAGUGACGGCGAAGGGUCCUUCUUUCCCUCCACCUUUCUCAACCGCAAAAAGUAACAAGUCCUUAUUGUACGGUAGCGACAGAUGUGUAUUUUAUCUCUGAGCUGUUUCUGAUUUAAGGUGGUCGCCAUGUUUCAGAGCAAACUUUCACUUUGUCAUGCCAGCGUCGGUACGACAGGAGUCCGGUUUCUGUCAUUAAGUGCCUGUGUUAAUUCAGUUUACUGUCUCUUACUUUAAUGUUAAAAAAACAUAUCGUAUAAAUGCAAAUGUAAAAUUGCAGUAUCUUGGCAGCUCAAUAGUAAUGCAUCUGAAUGUCUUUUUCCAAGAUGUUCUGUGUGUGUUCGUUUUUGUCCGAGCUCGGGACAUUCCAGGAAAAGCAGUGAAGCACAACGGACAACUUGUGUAUGUCGGUCAUGAGGUACUCUUACUGUUGAAUACCAGCUAACACUAGCACAUCCUCAAUCUUUUUUUAAAACCUGUUUUUAUACUCAAGACCAUUUCCAUAGAUACAGUAUACAGUAUAUGUUCACAAUCCUAAUGUGACUUAUAGGACCUUGUAGUGUGGAAAUAUCCGACUGUAUUAUGCAUGGAUACAUGGAAAUAUGUGAUUAUGAAUGGACGUUUACCAAAAUAAGCUUACUGUAAAGAAAAUCUUUAAAAAAAAUGUAUAUAACUUGUAAAAAAAAAGGAGGAAAAAAAUGUAUUGUGUUGUGAAUGCUACAUAAUGUGUGCUGUGUUUGGAUAUAAUGUGGAAUAUGUUGGAAGGGUCAGAAAUAAUCCCUCCAAAUAAAAAAAGAAGUGAUUUCUA